AUGCAGGCAAGCCCAAUCUACGCCGCUACUUCCACCAGCGCCUCGUCGAUGACGCCCAGCUCGGUGGCCUCGCCCUCGACUUCCGGAAGUGAAGUUCGGCUGCCGACGCGCAAACGCGGUCAUCGCAGCUCGCUCAACUAUGAGAAAAUGCCGCCGCGUUUCGAGGGGAAAGUGCCGUUGGAGCUGAUAUCCUGUCAGCGUCUCCUCGAUUCGCUUCUGGAGCGCAAAUGCAAUACAUUUGCUUGGCCGUUCUACGAGCCCGUCGACCCGGUCGCGCUAAAGAUCCCGACUUACUUCGACAUCGUCACGCACCCAAUGGACUUGAGCACUAUACGCCAGAAGCUGUCGUACAAGCAAUACAUCAACGCAGGGGAGUUCCAUGACGAUCUCAAGCUCAUGUGCGAAAACUGUUGGGCAUUCAACCGGCCGGGCGAUGUGGUUUACGUGUGUGGCGAGCAGCUUUGGAAGUUUGUCGAGAAGGAGUGGGACAGAUACUUUGAGGAUGGCAAGCCAAGAUCGAAGCCCAAGAAGCCUCGUCUGGGCGGUCUUUCGGUUCAAGAGUGCCUCGACCGACUGUCAAGGGAAGACGACAUCAGGCGCAACUGGCUCUACAGAGCCACAAAAUUCCGCGAAGAACUGAAUGCCCUGGCCGAGAGGAACAAGGAAAUGCCCACGGAUUUGAGGAAGCGCCUUGAUGAAUUUCUCGGCAAUGCUCCAGCUAGUGCUGCUACAACGCCAAAGAGUCGUAAGAGGCCAACGCAUGAGGUUGUCUCCUCGAACGGAUCGGAAGUCACGUCGCUGACUGUGGAGGAACUGAAUCGGAUCGUAGAGAGAAUUACCACUCUUGACGAUGUGCAACUGGUCGAAGUGGCCAAGCUGAUUCGAAUCGGCGAAGAAAUGGACGAGCUGAGACUGACCGAAGGGUUCGAAAUGGACUUUCACAAGAUGAAGCCAGCUACGGUGCACGCGAUCCACGACUACCUCAACAAGCUUGACGCUUACGAAUCCGUGCAACACACGCCACACAGCAGCAGCUCCACCUCGUCGGACUCUUCCAGCGACGAUUCGUCAAGCGAAGACGAAACGAAAGCGCCA